AUGUCAGGGCUGCCAGCAGAGACAUCAGUUGAGAGGUAUGUAACUAUUGGUGCAUAUAGUCUCUUGCGUUCGUGUACAAUCGAGCCAGAGUGCAUCAUUGGACAGCAUUCCAUACUUAUGGAAGGUUCAUUGGUGGAGACCCACUCCAUCCUUGAAGCAGGGUCUGUGGUGCCCCCGGGGAGGAGGAUCCCAACUGGUGAGCUUUGGGCUGGAAAUCCAGCAAGGUUUGUAAGGACGCUGACCCAUGAGGAGACAUUAGAGAUCCCAAAACUUUCUGUUGCAAUUAAUGAUCUCAGCAAGA